CGCAACUACACUUCCCGGCGUGCUUUGAAGUUCGGGCCCGAGCCCGACCGGCGGGUGAUGGGGCUGAGUCGGCUGCGGAGGCCGAGCUGGGGAGAGCCGCCAGAAGCAGCAAGCCUCCGGAAGGAGGAGGAUGGAAGCGUGGCGCUGUGUGAGGAGGGGCUACAGCCGCUGUGCGGUGGGAAGAGGCCGCCUCAGGUGAGAAGAAGAGCAAGACCUUGCUCUGACUGCUUCACAUGUCUGCUGAAAGAAGGCUACUAGGAGCCAGCUUCAGAACUUCCAUCUGCACCAGCCCAAGACAACUUCCACCUCUUGCUGCCAGCUUGAUCUCCCAACCUGGAUGUGAAGAACCUCCAGUGAGAAGAGGACCCAACUUCCCUUUGACCUCAGGCCUUCCAUCUCCUGCUGAGCAGAUAUCCCAUGUUACCCUAUCACCUGCAGAGCCUGGGCAGAGACAGGAUUACGCCAUGGGAUAUUUCUCAAAGAUUUUGCUGGAACAGACACAUCUCUAGUUGUAUGAGGUGGCCUGGGAAUUAUUCUUGGGCUCCUUAUCCAUACUUCAGCAGUCCACAUUGCCCACUAAAUUGGAGGCCACCUUGCUUGUUUCUACCUAAUAGAAGUCAGUUCCAGCACUGGAAUUGGAGACCUGACAACUUUAUACAUACAUCUUUAUUUCACCUUUCUAGUUAUAUCAUGGACUCUGAGGAAGAUAAGCCAUCAUCAAAACGUCAAAAAACCCAAGGCGUGAUAAAGCGGCAUUGGGAAUACCUCUGUCACCAUAAUAAAGAAAACAUGAAGAUCCUAGGAGAUAAACUUGUUGACCAAAAAUAUAAAGAUGAAAAGGAAAAAUUUGAGUUUUCAGUCAUGUCCUAUAAUAUCCUUUCACAGGAUUUAUUGGAGGAUAACUCGUAUCUUUAUAGACACUGCCGAAAGCCAGUCUUGAUUUGGGGCUUUAGGUUUCCCAAUAUCCUAAGAGAAAUUAAGCACAUGGAUGCAGAUAUUCUUUGUUUACAAGAAGUACAAGAAGAUCAUUAUAGAAAAGAGAUCAAGCCCAAUUUGGAAUCAUUAGGAUAUCAUUGUGAAUAUAAAAUGAGGACAGGAAGGAAACCUGAUGGCUGUGCCAUUUGCUUCAAAUGUUCCAAAUUUACACUAUUAUCAGCAAACCCUGUAGAAUUUUACCGCCGUGAUAUACCGCUAUUGGAUAGAGACAAUGUUGGACUGGUAUUACUCCUGCAGCCCAAAUUUCAUUAUACUGUCUCACCUAUAUGUGUAGCUAACACCCAUCUAUUGUAUAAUCCAAGGCGAGGUGAUAUUAAAUUAACUCAGCUGGCUAUGCUGCUGGCAGAGAUCUCCAGUGUUGCCCAUCAGAAAGAUGGCACUGUCUGUCCCAUCAUUAUUUGUGGUGAUUUUAAUUCAGUUCCUGGCUCUCCACUCUACAGUUUUAUAAAGGAAGGAAAAUUGAAUUAUGAAGGACUUGCCAUAGGAAAAGUUUCUGGUCAGGAACAGUCUCCCCGGGGACAGAGAAUUUUGUCUAUUCCAAUAUGGCCCCCAAGCUUGGGUAUUUCACAGAAUUGUGUCUAUGAGAUACCACAGGUAACAAGAAUAGAAAAGGCAGAAGAGGAUGAUGUGACACAAAAACAGUUGGAAAAAACAGAGGUCCUAGUGGCAGCUAAAAAAUUAUCUUCAAACUUACACCACCAUUUUAGCUUGUCAUCUGUAUAUUCACAUUACCUUCCCAACACUGGAAUUCCCGAAGUGACAACUUGUCAUUCAAAAAAUGCUGUAACAGUGGAUUACAUUUUCUAUUCAACAGAAAAGGAAGAUACUAACACACAGCAAGGUAAACAAGGAACAGAAGUUGCUUUGGUUGGUGGCUUGAAACUUCUGGGUAGACUGUCACUUCUUACAGAAGAAGAUUUAUGGACUGUUAAUGGACUUCCUAAUGAAAAUAAUUCUUCAGAUCAUCUGCCUUUAUUGGCCAAGUUCAGGCUUGAGCUCUGAUGAUAUUUCUUUCAUGCAGUCUUCUUUCUUAUUAUUCCAUUCAAGGAAUAACAGUUUGCAUGCUGAUUUUGUGUAUAGUUUCUACAGACAUGGUGUUAAGUAAUUAUAGUAAUUUGUGAUUUAACAAAAUAUAGGUCUAAAGUUUUAUAUUAAUGUCCUUUUUUAUAAACUACUUGCCAGACAAGUAAGGAAAUGGCAUUUUUUUCAGAGAUAUAAAUGCUUUUUAUUGUAAAUUUCAGUAAAAUUGACUGGUUCUUAAAAACAAUUCACUUCGUUUAGUUGUUUUGGUAAAAAAAAAAUGUACAUAUUUAAAGCAAGUUUUGCUUUGGGCUCAAAGUAACUUUCCUUUGAUUUUGGUGAGCAGUGUUCUUUCAGACUAUAAUGAGUUACCCUUCCAGGUGCCCUAAAUUUUAUUGAGGAUCCCAUGAUUGUAGAGCACUAAUUAGUUCAGGUCUGAAAUUGUUGUGUGGUUUAGUUAUAUUUACAAAUGUCCAACAAAGCGUGUUGUGCAGCUUUUUAGAAAGGACUUGAAAUAUUUUUUUCUUUAAAAUGCAAAAUCUAUUUUAUUACCAUUCUUAGUCUUCAGUAUGCUUUCAUUUUGCUGAGGAAAGGUUCAGAAAACUCCUAAAACAUGUUCAUUCUUUUAGGCUCAUCUCAGGAACAGAGUAGUCAGUCUCAGACCAAACAGACCAAGGCUCUAGACAUUAAGCUGUUCCAGCUUUCUUUUGUCCUAGUCACUCUCAGGGAAGGAUCAGCCCAUUCCCCCAUCUCAUUUUAGUAGGAACAUUCGCUUUUAUUCAACUAAAUCAGCAUUCAGUAGACAUUCCUUUCACUAGCAGAAUUGCAGCUUCUGCCUUCUGCAGAUACUCUUACAGCUACUGAACAGAUUGCUUUUUCUUGCUGCUGCCUCAGAAAUUUGAGGAAACUUGUGGAUGGUGACAAUUUUGUGACCUAAUAACUUUUCAUUGCCAUUUUUAAUGACUAAAGUUGUUGUUUACCCAUUUAUUUUUUUAAUGAACCAUGAAUCCAUGUUUAUUGCAUACAUUGUUGGAUUAGAUCGGAUGAAUGCUGAAAAUAGUUUUCUAGGACUAUUGAAUUCAAAUGGAAGAAAUAAAUGCUACAUAUAUGUAGCCAUUGAGAAGGAAAUCUCCUUGUUUGAGAAUCUGAAUCAAAAGAUCUGCACUUUAAAAAAAAAUUUUUUUUAAGUUAAGUGACUUGCCCAGGAUCACACAGCUAGUAAGUAUCAAGUAUCUGAGGCAGGAUUUGAACUCAGGUCCUCCUGAAUCCAAGGUUAGCAUCUUAUCCACUGCACCACCUAGCUGCCUCUGCACUUUUUUUUUAUAAUGGUUCUUUUAGUGUUAUUUUUAUGGCUAUCUUUUUUAUCUUCACCUUCAUUUCCAAGUAUAUCCUUUCCCACUCCCUUACCCAUUGAAGAAUUACCUUGUAACAAAGAUUGAAAAAGAGGGGGAAAUAUUCAGCAGAACCAAACAACACAUCAACCACAGGAUCCUAUACUUUGAUAUUUAGCAGUCAUUUUGUACUUGUUAUAAAAAUCUUUAUCAUGCAUUUCCUUUAUAUAGGUUACCUCUGCCAAAAGAUGAAAACAGUAGGGAAACAGUUCAUGCUCUUAAAAACCACUUAGUUCAAUGAAUUUUUUUUUAAAUAAGCUAAAAUAUAUACCUAAAGGAAGUAGGCCUUCGGGAAUCUUUAUGGCAUAUAAGUAUGUGCUCAGUAAAAAUUUUACCAAACUACUACUACUUGUUUAUGUUUAUAAUUUACCAGGUUUUCAAGUAAUAUGUUAACAGCAUUUCUAGGAUUUUCUACAUUUCUUUUGUGCUAUCAACUUCAGAGCACUACUGAGAUAUUUCAUCUUAUGCAAGUUAAAUACAGUAAGUAUUAAGUCAGAAUGACAUUAUAGUAAUCCCAUUUUGAUUUUGAGAAAAAAUAAUAGAAAUAGAUUUGACUCAUCACUGAUUGUGGUUAAAUGUGAAUGAACUAACAAAGACUUCUUAAUACAUUUCUUGCUGUUUUACUACCAAAUUAAGCAUAACUAAAACUAUGAUAAUACAGUUUUCAAUGUUCUUCAAAAUAGCGUGACUUUAGAUAUUUUCAUAUAAUACUUUGGCAGAUUUUAGAUACGGAGAUGCACUUAACUUUAGUACCCUCACUUUGCAGAAUGAACUAACUCCUGUUUUUGGACUCCAGCCAAAGGCUCUCAAUAACAUCCUCAUUAAUUAUUUGAACUUGAGUAGGAAGAACUAAUUAUCUACUUUUCUUGAUUGUCCUGACUCUUUUGGUAAAUAGACAUUUCACCUCCUAGAAAUUGGGCCUUGUCUCUACCAGCUAAUAUCAGCAAAACCUGUUAAUACUGAAACAGAAUCCCACUACAUUGUUUCUGGUUCUGUAUGCUUCAUUAAGAAGAGACUAUGAAACACAGUGUACAUUUUUUAAGUGAAGAGGAAAGUCAUGGCUUGAAGAAGAUAUUUAGGCUUUUACCUUUUGGUAUCAGGAUAUUGUACAUGUCAAUUAAAAAUUAACAGUAGUCUUUGUUCUUAAUGAUUGACAGUCCCACUAAAACAACUUAGAUAACCCGUUGAACUAUAGAUGCCCCAGACUGAAAGGUCAGUGGUUUUCAAGGGGUCUGUGAACAUCAUAGUUGCAACUCUCAAUACCUGUUUUGAGUGCUGAUGGCACCAAUAAAGAAAACAUGGACUUUGUGAAUGUAGUAGACCAGCUGUCUCUUCCAUGACUCCAUUAUUCUCUUGCCCUCUCAGCUUUUAAGAUGUAAUAUGAUGCCAAGUGAUAGGUGAACUAUUGGAAUAUUAGUUGGAAAGAUGGCUUGUAGGUAAAGAGGUAGGAAGGAAAAAAGAUGAUAAGGAAGUUUGAGAAUUAACAAGAUGUUUGAGUUUCACAUGAAGCUUAAGGGAUAGUGAAUUAUACUCUGCAGUAAGACAAACACAGGUCACAUCAGUUCAUAUUUUUAUAAGAACUAAGCCCCUGAACUUCCAAGACAUUUUUAUUAAAGUUCCAUGCUGUGUAGAAACAUACAAGUGAUAAUAAAAG